CGAAUUAGCUGCCCCCACCCCAGGUUAUUGAAAUGGACUCAAAACGGAUCAAUUCAAAAUACCUCAGGCAGAUUGAUCCAUCCAAAUUUUUUGCUGGCAAACGAGGCAAUUUGGUACAAUUGUCUCAAACGAGACAAUUAUGUCAAAUUAAUCUGUUACAAUACCACAUGAACAAUUGCUGAGUUAUUUGGCUUUCCAAAAUACUGAUACUAAUCCAUUUGUCUAGUAUGAUUUGGCUAUUUUGAGUUUUGUUUCUCGUUGGGCUUAGUGAUUCUAAAAGGAAGUAGAUUGAGAAAACCGCAGACGGCCCAAAGUCGAUUAAAAGAAAUUGGACCAGUUUCUGUGGGCUACGUUGCUGGGCUUUUAUUAAAUUGGCCCACAUUUAAUUCUGUGUCUCCACAAACAGAAUUCACAAGCCUUUCAGUCCUCCAUCUCGAUCAAACUUAAUUUCUCCACCUUUCUCAGCUACUUUGCUCCUCUGAAAGUUAGGGAUUGCGGCAAACAGGAAUGGGAUUGCAAAAUUAGCCAGAAAACGUAGAAGGGUAUCGCGCUCGACCGGCUAACAGGGGACGUCCAAAGCGAUAAUUUGAAGGACAGUACUGGGUUCGUUUCUUCGUUGGAGAGCUGCAACUACAAGAGGAAGUUGCGCCGUCUUCCACUGCAUUCGUUGCUCCAGUCGCCACCGUCUUCAUCUGAAGCAAUCGCAUAUUUCCAUUCUUUAUCUGGAGUGAGAAGUCGCUAGCUUUAAGCUCUCACUAUUGACCGUGCAUAGCGUCGGUAACCACCUCAAUCUUGUCACCGCCGGUGGCCGCGAAUUUCUUAUUGGAAAUUUGUUGUGAGUUCCGUUUUCGCUGAAGUAGGAGUAGUUCUAUGCAGUUUUGUUGAUUGUACGCUACAGCUAGACUAUCAGAUUCUGCAGGGACAGUAGUUUCUUUGUCAAUUUGUAUCUUCCUACUCUAUGGCUUAGGGAUGCUUCCAAGGUGGCUAAUUGAUGGAUGAUUGAUAAUGUAACCAGAACCUAUUACGCUGAGCAAGUUGCAUUAAACAAGAACAUUAUGAAGUUUUAGAAUUCGGUGGAUUUCUCGUUAUGAAAAUCAAUGUGUGUCCAAAAGUGGUGUUGGUUGUUUCUGCUGUUAAUUGUUGAAGUAGAUGCCUCUCUCUUACAUUGUGGCCAUGCUAACUUCAUGGAUUUUGUGUGGCAUUCUGAUUUCAUUUUUUAUUUGCAAUCCUUAGAGUUUGAUGAUGAUCUCCUUAUUUGAUGUUGAAGGAUUUAAUCCGCGAUCCCUGAACUUAGGCCUGAUUUCAACUUUUUUGGACAAAUGGCUGGCACUGAGGAGAAAAGUGAUCAACUAUGUGAGGUUGCUCCUGUUGGCAGUGGGAUUGAAAAGAAGCAGGAAAGUCGUGAUGAACUGCUAGCCCGGCAUAGAAAGGAGACCGUAGAGCUGCAGAAUAAAGAAACUGAACUAAAAAAGGCAGCUGCAAAAGGGAGCAAGGCAGAACAGAAAGCCAAGAAGAAGGCGGUAGAAGAGGAAAUAUCCCGACUCUCUGCAAAACUCAAAGAGAAACAGGCGAAGGAGCUUGCUUCAUUAGGCUACGUCAGCAACACCAACGACAUCAAUGGCAAAAGCAAACUCGACAAUAUAGUGAUGGCCAUAGCUGGGGUUUCUGUCACCGAUCAGUCGGAGAACACUACUUCAAAGCGGAGCAAAAGUGGGAAAAGGAAGGAUAAAAGAGCCCAGCAAGAAGUCGAAAGAGAGAGGAGAAUUCAAGAAGAGCAGAGCAACCUCGUGAGCGAUCGUAUGAUCGAAGACGAGAGUUUGGGGAGGAAACUUGAGCCCCUUGGGCUGACUGUCAACGAAAUAAAACCAGACGGUAACUGCCUCUACCGGGCCGUAGAAGAUCAGCUAGCUCUCAUGUCAGGUGGGUCGUCUCCAUAUAACCACCAACACCUGAGGAAAAUGGUGGCGGAUUACAUGAGGCAGAACUCAUCCGACUUCCUGCCAUUUUUCCUUUCGGAAAAUGCAUCAGCAGCAGCAGCAGCAGAAGAUUCUUCUGACAGUUCACUAGUGGAUCGAUUCGAUAGUUACUGUGAAGAAGUCGAGUCUACAGCAGCGUGGGGCGGACAACUGGAGCUGGGAGCCUUGACUCACUGCUUGAAGAGGCCGAUCAUGAUCUAUUCAGGAUCCUUCCCUGAUGUGGAGAUGGGGCAGGAAUACAAAUCUGGUGGUGGAAAUGAGUUGUCGAAUGGGAAAAUCAUUAUGCUGUCGUAUCAUAAGCAUGCAUUUGGGCUCGGGGAGCACUACAAUUCCGUGGUUCCAAAUUUGAUUAGCUAGGUAUUGUUUGUACCAGUUGUAUUUGCAAAUUACAGGUCUCGGUUUUGGCUACAUACUUGAUAGACUUCAAUUUGUUCCAGCAUAUACCAGAAUUAACAUUUCAGUAUUAUUUGAUCACGGGUUGUUCUUUUUGCCUGUUAUUACUUUACUACAAGUCUACAGCCUAUGACAUUAUCGAAUUUAUCAUCAACAUAUGACCAACAUUACGUCCUACACCAAGUAAGGAUGUCCGACUCUAAUCUAAAUGUAACCCUAAUCUCAAUAUUGCGAAUGUGGACAGGAAAAAACAGGCUAAGUUUAUAAAAUUUACUAAAAUCAACUAGGGAUGGCAAUUUCGACUUGACCCGAUUUAUCCGACUUGUUUUGAGGCAGGUCAGACCCGCACGUAGACGGGGCGGGCAUGGGUACCUCUCAUCGACCUGCCCUGACCCGCCCCAUUCUCGACCCAUUCUUGCCUAUAUUACAUAUAAUCUUAGUCAAAUUACUUAGGAUAUUCCUCUUAUUACAUUAUAUUUUAGCUAUAAUAAAUUGUAAAUAAGUGAAAACCUCAAUUUCUUCAAUAAUUUAACUACAUUUUUAUCAUAUUAUGGUUUCUUUCUUGGUCUUUUAAUGAAAAUAAUGAAUGCCUCUAAUGUUUUUCGCAUAAAUUACAUACCCAAUGGGUCGACCUGCCCCGAUCCGCGUCCCGUGAUAAAUUAUCUGAUUUGGA